AAUCUGGCCGCUGGAAUACAACAAAUUGCAGAGUUCUUGGGAUUCUCUCUAACGGGGGAGCAGAUUCAAAUCAUCUCGGCCCAGAGCACCUUCCCAGCAAUGCGAGCCAAGUCUCAGGACACACACGGUGCCGUCGGCCCGUUCCUGUUCCGAAAAGGUGAAGUUGGUGAUUGGAAAAAUUUGUUCAGUGAAACUCAGAACCAGGAAAUGAAUGAAAAAUUCAAAGAGUGCUUGGCAGGCACAUUACUAGGAGCAAAAUUGAAGUAUGAAGCAUAUUGCCAGGGUUGAUUCUGGUCAAUUCUGCAGGCCUGAUUUUUAAAUUUACAUGGAUAAUAAUUGAAGUUAAAUAAUUACAUGAUAAGUCAAUCAAAUAGCUAAAUAAUA